AUGAAGGAGGAAGACACUCCAGUCCAGAUUUCAGAGAUGAAAGAGCACACACAGGUCAAAGAGGAAGAUGUGGAUGUGUCUAUUACUCCAGACAUAAAGAAAGAAACUUCCAACAGUGCUGAAGUCCCCAAAUCAGAACCAACCAGUGAUUCUGAGCGGUUCCCAUCCUCACCUACAGCUGAGGAGAGUGUGAACCAAAGCAUUGAUGAUGAUGAAUGGAAUGAGGUUGAUGGAGCUUCAUCACCUGAUCAGGGUCCCAGUAUUGAAGUAAUUGUGAACCUGGAGCAGCCUGCAAGGGAUGAAAAAAUAUGCCGUUUUUGUGGCAGGAAUUUCAGAAAAGACAUUUUUCUGAUUAGGCAUGUAAACAGAAUUCACAAAGAACACAAAGCUUUUAAGUGUCUGGUGUGUAACAAGGAGUUUGACCAAAGGUUACACCUAGUGGUGCAUACAAAAGUGCAUACAGGAGCAAAAACACUUAAGUGUGAUUUCUGUGACAGAACAUUUACCCAGAACUCCAGUUAUAUUGUCCACAUGAGGGUGCACACUAGAGAAAAACCAUAUUUUCGCAAGAACUGUGGCAAAACUUUUGCUGUAAGCAAACAUUUAAAACAGUGCGAUAAGAAAAAUAAAUACAUAAUACCACCUAAAAAAGGGAAAAAUAUUCAAGAGAAGACACCCAAUAUUUGCCUUGAAUGCAAAAAGGUUUUUAGAUACAAGAACCAGCUUCUUAAGCAUGCCAGAAUUCACACUGGGGAAAAACCUUUUAGUUGUGAGAUCUGUGGUAAAACCUUUGCUCAGAGCUCCACUCGAAAUGUUCAUCUGAGGGUACACAGUGAAGAAAAACCAUACUUUUGUAAGAAUUGUGGCAAAAAAUUUAAAUGUAGUAAGCAUUUAAAAUUAUGCAGAAGCAGAGGUGGGGAGAGACCAUUUCGCUGUUUAACCUGUGGUAGAACUUUUUUCACAAAUUCAGACCUGGAAAUGCAUUUUGAGGUCCAUGAGGCGUGGAAACGACACCUUAAUGAGAAAGUUCAAGAAACUUAA